AUGCAGACCGACUCGAUAACGGCAACAUGGAAGAAACGCAAGUGGGACCAUGAGGAGCCUAGAAGUCUAACACGCCCAACAACAUAUGUCUCAUCCUGCCGAGUGGAUCGGCCUGAAUACGAUGGUGGCUGCUCGUUGCCUCUGUCACGACACCCUGACGGAACAGACAUCUCCUUUCGACCACGCUGCCUCCCUCGAAAGCGCCGACACGUCCAAGGCCCUUAUCUUACACUGCCAUCCCACCAGCACCAGCAUCAACAACAGCUCCAGCUCCAACAAUCUCCAACCCACCUUUCCCCAAACGUUUACGGCGCCCCAAACCAAGACCCAUACUCACCCCCGGUCUCCCCUAAAACUCUCGUCCCAUUGCCCUACCCAUCGCAACAAUCCGCCUCCCCCUCCGCGCUCCGCCCUUGCCACAUCUGCCAUCGCCGGCCAACAACCCGGCAAGUCCUCGACGCCUACGCAGAUUGUGAUCUCUGCCACGAACGGGCAUGCUUCAUCUGUCUCCGGCAAUGCGAUAGCGCAUCCUGUGGCGGGACUUUCGGUCUGCCAGAAGUGCAUAUGCACGUGCACAUGAGCUCAAAUGACGACGGCAGCUAUGAUACUAGCGAGGCGCCGAGGAGGAAAAUCUGCUCCAGCUGUGCUGUGGAGGAAAUUACCGAGACUGGGGCGGAGAUUGUGCGUUGUGUUGACUGUGUGCGUGGUACGGGCUCGUGGGCUUCAGCGGCUAUUCCGUCUGACUGGGCUUUGGAUGACAUGCGGCAUGAGGACAUGACCGGGUAA